UCCACUUUGUUGUAGAGCGAGUACAGAGAGCAUCUUGGAUAGGGGAAAGCCCAGUUCUAUGGUAUAUGGUUUCCCUUCAAUGAACCGCACAUAGUAUAAUGUCCGAGAAUGUCCAUUUCUGGACCUCUAAGCAACUACUAUGUCGAUUCCAUCAUAAGUCAUGAAGGGGAAGAUCCGAACGCUGCCCGAUUCUCUAAUGUACAGUAUUCCAACACUAGGCAACCGGGAACCGGGGAACAUCAUGAAUUCCCUUCGUGUAGCUUUCAGCCCAAGCCUCCUGUGUUUAGUUCAUCAUGGAGUCCUUUCAGUCCCCAUACGCCCAACAGCUUACCGGCGGUCUACCAUCCCUAUAUCCCAGCACAGCCAGUGCAUUCGACGGACACACGGUACCUUCGCACGUGGCUCGACUGUACACCAAGAACCGAGCCACUGGACGGCCAGAGCCAAGUCAAGAUGGAGCCACCCCUGGGACACCUCGAGGAGCCCCCGAAGAUUGGAGUACAGCACGAGUAUGUUUUGGAAUCCUCCUCAGCUCGGGAGAUAAAUCCCGGCCACGGCUCUGGAUUUGAAGACAGCAAGGAUAUUUGUGACGGUAGUGAAGACAAAGAGGGACCGGAUCAAAACGAUCCAUCAGCCAAUUGGUUACACGCUCGCUCGUCUCGGAAAAAGCGUUGUCCGUACACUAAGUAUCAAACCCUAGAGCUCGAGAAGGAAUUCCUCUUUAACAUGUACCUUACCCGGGACCGGCGACACGAGGUAGCGCGCUUGCUGAACUUGACGGAGCGGCAAGUUAAAAUUUGGUUCCAAAACCGAAGGAUGAAAAUGAAGAAAAUGAAUAAGGACCAGUCCAAGGAAUAAAUGGACAAGUGUGGGUGCCCAACCUUUACCCCUUUUAUCACUAUUAUGCUGACCUCUGGACAUUAAUACAAGAUGUUUGCUGCCUAUGCUACACUUUUUUUUUAUAAUCUGGGAUGCAGAUCAAAACUACAAACUGAGUAUUCUUUUUAGAAAGCUACUCUACAAAGGGCAAGAACAGUAGUAACCAACUAUAAAACUACAUGAAAAGAAAAUCAUGUAAUAUACAUAAGUAGGCUAUAAACCUACUCAUUGUCCUAUGUUUUCAAUUUUCUUUCCAAUUUACUUCAUAAACAGAAAUAUAAGUACUUAUAUGUUUUAAAUGAAAGAAAUAUUACUUUGUGGACAUUGUGUAGACAGUGUUAUUUUAUUCAAUGGCAAUAAGUGCGGUUACAACAUAUUCCUAUAACAAAACUGAAUUUUUUUGUUGUUAUUAUUAUUAUUAUUA